AUAGAUAGAUAGAUGUACAUGUGUAUUUACAAAUACCACAAGCACGCGAACGCGAAUGUGUUGGUGUCCGCGCAUGAAUAUGUUAGGCGGUGAUUUCUCUCUGUCUCACUUUAUAUGAUGUCUUGUUUGUUUACUUGUGUCUGCUACUGACUAAACAUUGAAGUGACAGGAGACAAUACAAGACUUAUUCUACAGCAAGUAAGCAAGUGUUGUUAAUUGAAUUUUCGAAAGAAAAAAAAAACCCCAAAAAACUAAUGAUAUUUCAUGUAACGACAAAAUUCUAAAAACAGCAACAAAGUGCGCGGGAAGAAGGAAGAGUGUAGUAGCAGUAGAGUAGAUAAGUUUUGUUGCAGCUGUAAUGUGAAAACUAUUGAACUGAUCCAGCAUAAACUUUGCCAGGAUUCCCAAACUGUUUAACUCGAAUCUGAAGUAAGACCGAAAGGAAUUGAAGAACAAGUGGAAAAGAAAGAAACAUUAAUAAUUCAGAAAAUAAAAUAAAUUUUAUAAAAUAAAGAUGGAAAGCAGAGGAAGAAAGCAAAAUCGAUUAUUCUUCGAGACUUCUUUACUGCUUUAAAAUAAUAUCAGUUUCUCUCUCUCUUAACUUUCCAAUACCUCAGAAGUUGGAUUAAAGGCGAACUCAAUCUAUAUAUAUUGUUUUAUUCACCAAGACGUGAAGGCAAGGAUGUUUAGAAUCAAGUAUGUAAUAUCAUUGGUUUCCUGUAUUCUCUAAGAAGACAAGGACAAUUAGGAUUCCAAACCAUUACUUAAUGCAUUUGAUCAAAGAAAACAUUGCGCAAAAUAUACGAAUAACUUUAAAUCAAUUGGGAUACGUAGUUAUAGAAGUAUAUAAUAACAUCAAACGAGGAAAAAUAAUCUUGGAUAUUCUCGUUGUUGAAAUGUAACUGAAAGAACCUCUAAUCCGCCCUGAAGAACGCAGAAACAGCUAAAAUUCGGCGAAUAGUCGAAAUCGAGAAUAUAUACGGAUAAGACAUACAUUCAUAUUGAUUUCAAAGAAUCGUCCACAUGACACCAUAUAUAUCGAAUAACAAUAUUCUACAACUGAUAUUUCAAUGUUACCAAAUAAAAUGACAACAACAAGGGAAAUAAAAAUGAUUAAUUGAAUGAAAAUCGAUUAUCCCGAAACGCCAAUAUAAGACAUAUAUAUAAAAUACAUCAUCUUCACAUUUAAAAAAAUAUAUUUAUUGAGCAAGUCUGUUUUGUUUAUUUUUUCAAACACAUAUUCCUAUAAGAUAUCAACAUGGAAUCGUUAUUCAAUGAGACUGUUCACGUCACGGAACAAAGCUUGUUCAGUGAGAAUUUCAACGACACAUAUCCUGACAUGGACAAUUCUUUUUCAAACGGCACGGAACACAGUAUUAGAAGAGUAUUCAUGGAAAUUGUUAAUAUAACUGUAAUGAUCAGUAACUCUCUGAUCUGCAUCACAGGACUGUUUGGCAAUUGUUUGGUAAUAUAUGUUGUAACGAUGUUCUCGAAAAUGAAAACUGUCACCAAUACCUAUAUCUUGAAUCUUGCAAUUGCUGACGUCCUCUUCUUAGUUAGUAUUCCUUUACUUAUUGUUACAAUUAAGAAUGGAUUUUGGAUGUUUGGAUUCUUUAUGUGUAAAUUCUAUUAUCUUUUAGUAUCCAUAAAUUCUUUUACUGGGGUCUUUACGUUGACAGUUAUGAGUGCUGAUAGAUACCUCGCUGUUUGUCAUCCAAUAAAAUCCAUGUCACUCAGAACACCAAAGGUAGCAUUUAUUAUAACCGUAUGUAUAUGGUUAAUAUCUAUCCUGAUAAUGUUGCCUGCCCUAAUGUAUUCUACAACAGUACGUAAUGCAAAAAACAGAGACAGCUGUACGAUGGUGAUGCCAGAUCACUUGGGAAUCUCGCCAGAUAAAAUAUUCAUUUGGUACAACUUCAUAUUUUCCUAUGCUAUUCCUGUACCACUUAUAUCUGUAUUUUACAUCUCAGUUGUCCAUAAACUACGUACUACAGGCCCAGUUAAAAAGUCUUCUGAGAAAAAAAAGUCACAGAAACGUGUCACCCGAAUGGUGCUGACUGUUAUUGGGGUGUACAUUAUUUGCUGGUUACCCUAUUGGGCUUUUCAGCUUGAUAUAGUAGUUUUUACACCACCAGUUACUGAAGGACGUAUUUUAAUGUUCCAAACGUUUAACAUCCUUACAUACGCUAAUAGUAUGUUAAAUCCCUUACUCUAUAACUUCCUCAGUGAUAAUUUCCGUAAAAGUUUCACAAAAGCAUUUAAAUGUACUUCUCGUUUCGAGGUCAACCGUUCCCUCCGAGCAGAAAACAGUAUUUAUCCAAAAGGACGUGAAGCAUACUCACAAACAACAGUUAUCGAAAAACAAGAAUUACAAACUAUAAACCAUUGCGCUACCGAAAACAAAGUCCAGGAAGAUUUUGCCAAUGGAGAAACCCAGACAGAGGACAUUGACGUCGACGAACCAGAAGUAGUUGUUACGGAGUUGGAAUGACGAUUGACGGAAUAUUAAUGUGAUGUUACAUGUAUAUUGAAAGGAGAAUAUUUCUGAGACCAUCUGGCGAUCGCUUUACUUCACGUUGUAAUAUCACAGAAAUAAAUGCGUUUUCUCCAAGAAUUAAUAGUAUAUCAGUAAGGGAUGUAAAGGAACCCAUAUUAUAUCCUAUAUAUAUUGUAUUAUUUAAGCGAUGAAUAAUAACUUCAAACAUGAAGAGUACAGUCCUAACUUAUUAAAUAAUACAGAAGCAGCGAAAUGGACACGCAUAUUGAAUAUUGCAUAUAUUCUACAAAUACUAAUACACACAGACACACACAUAUACACGCAUACGUACAAACAUACAUACGUAGAACGAUGAAUAUCCAACUAGAUAUGUGAAUAUAUUAUAUAUGCGUGUAUACUUAUAUUUAUAUAUGUAUCAGUGUAUUAAGUAUAUUUGCAUAUUUCUGUAUAUUAAUAAUUAUUAUUAGAUAAUUAUAAUAAACUAUAUGUACGAAGAUUGCUGUCUAUUUUAUUACAAUUACUUCAAUAUAUGAAUAUUUCCGUGAUAUAUGUAUUCAAUAAAUGCGAGAUCACACACAUGCACAUACGUACACACACAAACUUCCACAGAUAUACAUAUCAAAGAAGAUAUAUGUGCAUAUGCAGACACAUAAACACACAAACGAUUGAUAUAUGAGUACGUACCUGUGUGUUGUGCGUGUGUAUGUUGUGUGCAUGCAUGCAUGUAUGAGUGCAUGAACAUGUGCUUGCGUACAGGAUUUUACAAGACAAUAGAUUAUGGCAAUCGCCCCUAUAUUGUGAUGGCAUCACUUUGAUAUACAUAUAGACUCAUUUGAACAUUAUACAUCUCUGUCUAUACGUCAUCCAAUGUUGUGAAAUUGUAAUAUAUUUUUGUCAUUUAUUUCUGUCCAUAUAUCCCUAACCCGUUUCUUUCUUUCUCAUAUAAAUAAGUAUAUAUGUAUAUAUGUAAG